CAGUUUUGACCGUUUUCGAACAAAAGUGUUCUCUCUGUCUAAUCGUUCUCAGUUAUUCCCACGCUGAGAUAGCAACGCGAGGGAUUGCGAGUACGACGGCGGCUUUAUUUUUUCUCAGUCAAGAAACGGUCAGAGAUUUGACCGUACAAACUCAUACGCUGCACUCUCAUAACCGGCGGUUCUGUACAUUUGUGUGCGUGCAUGUUAACCGAUUUUAUUUUCUAUAACGCGUCGCUGACUCUUCUUUACAUUCUUCAUCGUAUUUUACCUUCGUUUAGUGUUAUUGUGGUUUCAUGUCAACUUGCGAACAGGCAGAAGUUUUGUGUGAAGUUUAUGGUUUUAUGUGAACAUUUUGAUUUUUUUUUUAAAAUGUCGGAUAUAAAACGUGCACGGAAAAGUGGAAGAUUUUACCGGCGGUCGAACAAGUUUAAGGCGCUGAAUCCAUCAGUUGAAAUUGGACAAGAAGCGACACAAGCUGAAACAUGUAAGCCCAUGUUGUGCUCAAUGCUGUUGACAAAUAAUAAAUCAUUGAUUCCAUUCUAGGCCCCCAAUCGUUACCUUUAGAUCUAUUUGAAGAUGAAUCUACAGUACCACCAAUCGGUAUAAAUGAACCCCAAAUUGAGGACGAAGAUGAACCAUUGGUAGAUUACAUGUUUUCUGACAAUGAUGAUGAGGAUGACGAUAGUUUUUUGAAAAAUGACAAUGCUCUAACGCUGGAUAAGUUGUCCGUAGUAGACGGAAUUCGAUAUUGGGCAUUGUCAACAAAUGCCACGCAUAAGUCCAUUGACAUGGUGUUAAAGUUAUUCCGAAAGGUUAAUGUAAAAGUCCCUGCAACUGCUAAAACCUUGCUGCAAACGAAACGAAACGCAUCGUCAGAAAUAAUGGAAAUUGGAGGAGGACAAUUUUGGUACCAUGGCAUUAAAAAGUGUUUGUGUAAUUACUACCGAUACGACAAGCCGCCAUCGAAGCAACUGACGCUGACUAUAUCCAUUGAUGGAUUACCGUUGCAUAACAGUUCUGCAAUGCAAUUCUGGCCAAUACUUUUUAAAAUAGUAGAGGAUUCAAAAGCACCGGUAAUGACUGCUGCUAUUUUUUGCGGCUAUAAAAAACCAGAGAGCACCGAACAGUAUCUCCGCCCAAUGGUUGAGGAAUUGAAUGAUUUAAUAUCCAAUGGUUUAGACAUGCACGGUGAAAAUGUCGCCGUUAAGCUUUUGGCCAUAGUUGCUGACACGCCGGCAAGGUCGUUUGUGAAAGGUGUUACUAGCCACACCGGCUACGGAAGCUGUUUAAAAUGUACUAUCGAAGGAGAGUAUUUGGGCCAUAAAGUUACAUUUGUCGGUUUAAAUGCUCCAAAACGAACAGACCAAGCAUUCAGAAAUGACGCUUAUCCCGGACACCGCAAAGUGCACACCCCUCUGUUGGACAUUCUAUUUUUCGACAUUAUUGAAGAUAUAUGUGUAGCAGAUCGGAUGCAUCUUAUUGACUUAGGAGCAACAAAGCGGUUGCUUCUGGGAUGGCGAGACGGUACAUUGGGCAUAAAACGAUGGACGGAAAAACAAUGCGAACGGAUUUCGGAGGCUUUUCAAAAAGUACUAAAACCUCUUGAAGUACAUAGGAAACAACGCCAUCUCAAAUACCUCAAUCAUUGGAAAGCAUCCGAGUGCGCAUUUUUUUUGCAUUACGCGUCAUUUGUCAUCAUUAAAGAUCAUCUGCCUGUUGAGGUGUACAAACACUUCAUGCUACUGUUUUGUUCCAUUACACUGUUUUCUUCAACAGUUCAUAAAAGUAAAUGGCACGUUGCAGGUCAGUUACUAAACAAAUUUGUUGAAAACUUCCCUAGCGUGUAUGGCAGACAGUACAUGACAAGCAAUUUUCAUAAUUUGCAACAUAUUUAUGAUGAAAUGCUCAGGUUUGGGUCACUAUCACUAAUUUCGACAUAUCCUUUUGAAAACCAUCUUCAAUUUUUGAAACGUCUUCUCCGUAGUGGAUGGAAGAGCUUGGAACAAGCCAUUAACAGACUCGCAGAGUUGGAUGAAUUUAAGAUUCCUAAAAGUAAAGAUGCUUGUUAUCCAUUAAUAAGUGAAAAAAAGAAAACAAUCAGUGUAACUGUAAGAGAAGAUUUUGUAUUGCAAAAUGACCAAAGAAAUUGUUGGUUUUUAACAAAAGACAAUAGUAUCGUUAAAUUUCAUUCAGCAAAUCAUGUUUUAGAAACAGGUAACAACAAAAUAUGUAUCAGAGGACCAAAACUAAAUUCGAAAGAGUUAGUGUUCGAUGACCCAAUUGAAUCAAGUGAAAUGUUUAUAUUCAAAAGCUUCAAUAAUGCUUUGUCAGAAACUACGUUCGAAACAUACACUGAUCAAAUACUGUGUAAGUUAGUAGCUCUUCCAACCAGCUCUGUGCAAGAAAUAGUGUUUGUUCCUUUAAUACACACAUUGAUAGAGUAGAUGUGCUUUGAAUUCAAUUUAGAUAAUAAAUAUGUAGUUCAUUUCAUGAGAAGUAUCACAUUUAUUUACCCAUAUAUGCAAUGAAACUAAAUAAGAUCUUAAUUAGUGUAUAGCAAAUUAUUUAAGAAAGAAACAACAACUCGAUAUUAAUAAUAAUUUUUCAGAGAGAUAUCAUUUAUUUCGGUGGUAGUCUACAUGAUAAGUACUUAAUGAUUAAUGAAUUAAUUUCUUUUUUUAUGAAGAGAAGUGUGUUUGGUAGGAGAAAGGUUAGCUCGAGACGGAGCGUGCUUAAGACGAAUUUUUAUAAAAUCUGCAACGUAUUUGGGAGUUGCUAAAACUCUCGCAUUACUUCCUAUUUCUUUUAACAGAAGAAGUAUGCCUUCACACUUCCUGAACUCUAUCUUCGUUGAUCCCGGCUUACUUUUUCCAGUCCAACUGA